GUGUAAAGAAGUAAAUGUGUAAAGUAAAAGUACUACACAUACUAUAAAGUUUGUCUUUAAAUACUCAUCUUGAGGAAAAGAUACCUAUGAAUUAUCUUAUAUUAAUACAAGGUGCCCUCUGCCCUGUAUUAAAUGCUGACAAGAGGAAGCGGUACUUUGGCCUAGAUAAGUAUCAAGUCUAACAUGAGAAUAUUUGAUUCAUUUACAAACCAGUUAAACAUUAUCCCAAAACCAUCUCAAAAUACUUCUAAAGGUUAAACCCAUGUUUUCUCAAGAUUAAAUAUUAGUCCAAGCCUUGGGUACCCUCUCUGCUCAUCCCUUUCAUCUAAACCUGGGGAACUGAGAAAUAUUUUAGGUAUUUACAUCAAAGAAGAGACACUUUUUUUAUUACUGACCCCUGAAGGGCAGCUUCACAGCCCUGUAACCUAACUCUCUAAUCCCAGUUGAUUCCUUCAUUUUAACAGUAAAGGAUUCCCAGCACGUUGUGCAACCGCCUUCAGACACAGGAUUUUUAUGAACCGCUGCCCACCAAUGAGGUUCAAGCUGAGUUGUCUCAGGGCCCAGGGGAGUGGCGCUUGGAGCGAAGUUCUAGCGUGUUCAGGCAGGAUGUGCUGUCUGUCUUUCCAUUUUCUUCAUCCUUGCUCUGUAAGGAAGCCUCAGCGUUUCACUCCUAAUUGCUGACAUUUGGAAUUGCUGUCUCCGGAGUAGAUCAUGAGCAGAGCGACUGAGGUUGAAUGAGAAUGCAGGACACCUGGGAUUCACAGGAGAAACCGACGGGACAGAUCAGUGAUCACUAUACGCAGCUCCAAGAUGAGAGAAAAGCAGUGCAGAAGAGGACCUUCACCAGAUGGAUGAAUGUGUUUCUGAACAGAUGUGAUCCUCCACUUGAAGUGCACGACCUGUUUGUUGACAUUCAGGAUGGCAGAAUACUCAUGGCCCUGCUGGAGGAGCUGUCUGGGUGCAAACUGCUUUACAGGUUCAGGUCGUCUUCUCAUCGCAUUUUCAGGCUGAACAACAUUUCCAAGGCCCUAGCUUUCCUAGAUGAUCGACACGUGAGACUGUUUGGCAUCGAUGCCUCCGGUAUUGCUGAUGGCACCCCUUCUGUUGUACUUAACCUUGCCUGGAACAUCAUUCUUCAUUUCCAGGUAAAGGAGGUAACCAGAGGCCUCCAGAGGCAUUUGUCUUCUAGCCUCUCUUCCUUAUCAGUAGGCAGUUACCCUUCCUGUGAUGACCUCUCACCGCAGUCAGAUGACCCUGACAGCUACUCCUGUAACACUCUGCCAAGCAAAGGCCGAAAGGCUUCCAGGGAACCAAAGUACCAUGGGAAAGCAAUCAACACACUCCUGCAGUGGGUUCAAAGAUGCACAUCUAAGUACGGGGUGGAUGUGACUGACUUUGGAAAGGGCUGGAGGAGUGGUCUGGCAUUCCUUGCUAUGAUUAAGUCCAUAAACCCAGACUUGGUUGACCUAUGGGACAGCUUGUCCAGAGAGCCAAAAGAAAAUAUUCAGCAGGCCUUCAUAAUAGCCCAUCAGAGUUUGGAUGUACCGCCUCUCCUGGAGCCUGAAGAUGUGAUAUGUGCCUCACCAGAUGAGAGGUCCAUCAUAACCUACGUGUCUAUGUUCCUGGGACAUAUUUCAGGCGUAGAUGAGGGUCACACAACAGAAACUGAAGUUCCUCAUAUUCACAGUUUUGGAUUACUUGAGUCAGUCAGGUUUGGCGAGACCCUUGCUGAUGACCCACAAGCCCAAGCUUUGCUUAAAAGCUUGGGAAAGAGCAGUGAGCAGUUGCUCUGGAAGCGGUGGUCCAGGAGAUCUUCGGGGAGUCCCAGUACAACUUUCCUUCCCACCAACACAGUGGUCACCUCCAGCUUUUCCUCCAACAGCAGUAGCCAAAGCAUUACUGAUCAACGUACGGCCAAUGAUGCCAUCUUGGUGUUCAACAAAAAGAAAGGCAGGUGUCGAAGUGUUUUUCAGCCACCCAGUCCACUGGACACGGGCGUAGUAAGCAAGGAGAUCCAAUCGUGGAUGGAAAAGGGUUUAGAUCGGAGCUACAGCAAUCGAAGAGUCGAUGAAAGUUACUUUUCCAUAAGCUCUGAGGAGGGAAUCUACACCUUGUCAGCACUGGACUCAGAUGAGGAGGAUGCCUACAGCUACAUUCUAGAUCUGAAUAAAGAGGUUUUUCAAACAUACAGUCAGUUUAAAAACAAUGUCCCAAAGGUUGAAGAGGAAACAGCAGAGGAAAUGAAUGAAGAGUUGAAACACCUGGAAGCAUCUGAGAUGUUUAUUGGCGAUGAAUGUAAACACAAGGAAGGAUUCCUUCCAUCAAAUUCAGAUUUUGAGCUAGAAUCAAACGUCAGGGCUCAGUCAGUGAUUUACAGUGAGUUUGAUUUGGAUAAGAAUAAAAGUAGCCUCACAGAGAUGAUAAACAAUAGAGAUGACUUGGAGCCAGUUGGAAGUGGAUGCAAAGAGGGAUUUGAAGAGGACAAUGUAGUUAGGAGACACAGUAAUGAUAAUGGCAGUUAUUGUGAAGAAGAAAGGGGCAAGAGGCUGCAAGAUGCUAGGAAGGAUGAAUAUGACACAAGAGAAAAUGAUGCAAAGACUGUUGAGGCAAGUGAGAAGAGAAGAGUACAGGAAGAUCUGAGAAAAUUUGAGGAAGGGCAGGAUUUAAGGAAAGAAGGCUAUGUAAAGGAAGAAGAGAAGAGAAAUCUAAAAAAUGUGAUGUUGGAAAGUUUUAAGGUAGAAAUAAAUGGAAAAGUGUUGGUUGAAAGGAUCAGCGCAGCUCGAAUUAACGCAGAAGAAUACGGUUGGGGAGACAACGUGGCAAAAAGGCAUUUAACCAAGACUGGUCGAGACGAAGAAAAGAUGGGCAACACUGCUGAAGCACAUUCUGAGUCUUAUGAAACACCAGAUGGGAAAGAUAGGGAGCUACUGUUCAGGAAACACAAAGAUCUGACAACAAUAGGCCGUCCUAUAGAAACAAGUAAAGUACAUGACACUGAUGGAGGUGAUCACAUCCAUGAUGAUGACCAGAGUUGGAUUCCUGCCUGCGGUGCAACUUCUCAGUCAUUCAGUGGGGAAGGAUUCCUCCUUCAGUCUUUAGCAUCCUCUUGUGACUUGACUCCAUUAGAGCUGCAAAUGCUCUUGGUCCUGUGGAUCCUGCUCUACUGCUGCCUCAUCCUAUCUCAGAUGAACCCCUGAGUCUCCCUGCAGCGCACCCUUCUUAAUAAGAUAUGCUUAUUAGCCCAGUUUUCACUAAUGAGCCAAACGGGGGAACACUUCGAGCUGGGCUGACUCUUUAUCUGUGUCACUAAAUUUCCCUCAAGGCAACAUUAAAUGAUUAUGUUUGCUUCUUGCUGCUAGCAGAUACAAUUUGUAAUUUGCUAUAGUGUCAGAUCAACACACAAUUCUGUAAUCCCCAUUGUUACACAGAUUUUCUGCUUCUUGGUCUUACGCUACAUACAUUAUCCGACGUGGUUUUUGGGCCGUUUUUGCUCAAUGUAUUUCAGAAAAAAACACUGUUUGUGUAAUAGAUUUUCCUGGCACAAUUACUCCCUUCCAUUUCACUUGAUAAUCAGCCACAUGGUGGCAUCGCAGCUUCACAGCAGCGACUGUCUCACACGACAGACCAUCUAUACUGCAUUCUGCUGCCUGCUGAGACCUGCUGUUUAAUUAGAAGCUGUACUGACGUGCUGAGAUGAAGCUGAUAAUAUUUAAUGAGCACUUUGACAUGUCGCACACACUCACUCGGUCACUUGUGGCUUAGAAUGUAUACAGUUUCAUUAUUCUCAUCUCAGACACUGCGUGAUAGUUGCAGCGGAUGAUUAGAGCAUGCAUUUUCCAUGUCAGUUUUGUAAAUGUGCAAUAAACAAUAUUCCAACUUUUGCAUCUACAUAAAUGUGGUCCACUCCAUAAGAUAGAU